CACUUAGAAAAGAAAAUAGGGAAAGAUCAGUUCCCUUCUGACGAGCACUAUUAUGGUCUUGUAAAUUUUGGCAACACCUGCUAUUGCAACUCUGUUCUUCAAGCUCUUUUCUUCUGCAAGCCAUUCCGAAAUAGAGUUUUACUCUACCGCCAGCAGAGUAAGGGUCAAAAGAAGGAGACCCUUUUGAGCUGUUUGGCCGAUCUUUUCUAUACAGUUACAACCAAAAAGAAGAAAGUCGGCCAAAUACCCCCUAAAAAAUUUGUACAGCGGCUCAAACGCGAGAAUGUGCUCUUCGAUAAUUAUCUACCCCAAGAUGCCCACGAAUUUCUGAACUACCUUCUCAACCAAAUUGCAGAUAUUUUACAAGCAGAGAAUGCGAGUGAGGAGGCAAACAAGAGAAGUAACGCGGAAGGAGAUGUAGAAAUAAAUAGCAGCAACUCCAGAACGUGGAUUCACGAAAUAUUUCAGGGUACACUUACCAACGAGACGAGAUGUCUUAAUUGUGAGACGGUCCGAACUAAAGAUGAAGAUUUUCUUGACCUAUCAGUCGAUAUUAAGCAGUAUACUUCCAUCACAAACUGUCUUCAGUGCUUUUCCAACACUGAGACGAUUCAAUCAGAGAAUAAGUACUACUGUGAAGUCUGUAGGUGCAAGCAAGAGGCUCAAAAGCGGAUGCGAGUGAAACGACUCCCCGAAUUGCUGGCCCUGCAUUUAAAGCGAUUCAAGUAUUCGGAGAAUGCCAACCGCUUUAUCAAACUUUCCUACUAUGUUCCAUUUCCCCAAGAGCUCCGAUUAUUUAACACGUCUGACGAUGCAAGCAAUCCCGAUCAAUUGUACGAGUUGAUGGCAGUUGUAGUACACUCCGGUUCUGGUCUGAAUCGGGGUCACUACAUCAGUCUUGUCAAAUCGGACGGCAUUUGGCUCCUCUUUGACGACGAAUACGUCGAUGUAAGUCCCUUGACAGCAUUUUUGUUUUCUAUACGUGACCUUACAUUGGAUGUGGAUAUGUCUUUGGUUAUUAUUUCACUUGCUUUCCAAGCCUUUUAUGAAAAUUGA